CAAAAUAUCUCUUUUUUUUUUUUUUCGAUAAUCCAAAACUCUCUGAAUCGAAUUGAAGAGAGAAAGAAAAGAAAUGAGCUACGAGAAAGUCCCACCGGAAUCGUAUCCUCCUCCAGGAUACCAAUCUCACUAUCCACCACCGGGUUAUCCAUCGGCACCACCGUCGCAUCACGAAGGAUAUCCUCCUCCACCUCAAUCUCACGGAGGAUAUCCGUAUCCACCACCGUCUUCGCGUCCUUACGAAGGCGGUUAUCAAGGUUACUUCGCCGGAGGAGGUUAUCCUCAUCAUCAUCAGGGACCUCCGCCGCCGCCGCAGAACUACGAUCACUGCCAUCACGAUCAUCACCAUUACCAAGAUUCUGACUCUGGUUGCUCUUCUUUCCUCCGUGGCUGUCUCGCUGCUCUCUGCUGUUGCUGUGUGUUGGAGGAAUGCUGCUUCUGAGAAUGCCCGUCUCUGCGGAUUUCGUCAUUUAAAAGUCAACAUUUUAUAUCUCCAAUCAAAACAUAUACCAUAACUCUCUAUGUCUUCUGAUGUACACUACUAUAUCAUGUUUCGUUGUCUGUUAAUGUUUGACCUCUUUGUUUGAGAGAGUGCGCGCUCCUCCAGAUCAUGGAUGGAUGGAUUAGACAAAGUAGGUUUCUUGUGGAUGUUCUUUGUAAUUUUAAUAUGAUAUUUUGGAAAACAUAGUUUUGCUAUUUUAUCCAGAUUUCACUUCUUUCAAA